AUGCCCUCCUAUCCAGAGGGCUCCAUUCGAUUCAAGACCUUCUACUUGUUGGGAGGUUUGGUAUCUAUCAUCAUAUCGCCUCGGCCCAGCACUCGGCGAAUGACUCUUCUAGAAGAGCAGCUCGAACGCAGAGUUUUCUGGGAAAGUUAUAUGAUCGAUCGCUACAGCUCUAUCACAUUAGAUCGGCCUUUUGCAAUGACUGACAGUGCAAUUCAAAUCGGUCUUCCCGCAGAUGCAAAUGACGAAGAGCUCGAUGCCGCUGAUUCCACUGGUUCCUUCCACGAUUUGAGCUCAUAUUGCGCUGCAUCUUCGCUCAAAGAUGUAUCCACGAGUAUGCAAAGAACCACCGAAGUUUCUGUCUUCUCCGCUUGUGUACGACUGCGCCAAAUAACCUCCAAGAUUCAUUUGACAUUCCAGGGAAAUGUUAUAAGUAGCUCUAGUCAGAGCUCGAUAACAGCAAGAGGCGCGGUCUAUGCCAGCCUGGAUCAACUGCUCCAUGAUUUGCAAGCAUGGCGCCGGUCAGCGCCCAUUUUUGAGAGCCCGAGCUGUCUGUACGAAAUGCAGGAAUGGUACGAUCUUCUAUGUCUGCGUGAACAGCUUAUCCUUAGUCGAAAGGCUCUGGACCUAGUUCCAAAACCAAAAAAUAUACCGCCGAAGGAUCUGGUGACAUUAUGCUUGCAAUGUGCCGUCGGUGCUAUCACCGGCUUUUGUCGGCUUUUCGAGAGAAAGCAGAUUACUUUCACCCGAAGCUACUUCCAGAUGCUAUUUACUGGCGGCCUCUCAAUCAUGUUUUGUCUCUCUGUGGUGAGAGACUACAGCUCACUCACCAUCCGUGAAGCAAACAAUGCAAUCACACAGGGCCAGGUCGCGCUGCAGCAAAUGGGUGAAGAGUUACCCGAUGCAAAACGCUAUGUCGCGGUCUAUGAGGCCUUGGGGGCGAAUGUUCGCCGCAAAUGCAGUCGCCAUCUUCAUGAGGAAUCCAACUCUGCUCCAUUGCCUACAGUUGGCCCUGUCACUGGGAGUCAAGUUUUCCAUGGGCCCAAUACUCUGGCCCAACCACCAGAUCAGGACCAAUACCAGCAACUUGAAUAUUUCUCACAGCUCUAUGUUCCUGGCUCCACACUCGGCAGAGACGAAACCACUGCUCUAUACCCCAACGUUGCUAUAAAUGAUACCCCCAUAUCAGAAAGCUCACUACUCCCAUGGGACCUUCUCAAUGAUGAUUCACUAUGGAACAUGGAGGCCGGGCUGAAUGAGUAUGCGUACGGUGACCCACCUGCUACCCUGUACGCGAGUGACUCUUUUGAUCUUUCUAUGUUUCAAUAG